GAAGAUAUUCAAAGAAUGAAGGAAAUGGGUUACAAAGCUUUCAGAUUUUCAAUUUCAUGGUCUAGAAUAAUACCCAGUGGGAGAAUACGUGAUGGAGUAAAUGAGCAAGGAAUUGAAUUUUACAACAAUCUUAUAGAUGAAAUCAAAAGAAACGGAAUGGUGCCCUAUGCAACUAUUUUUCACUGGGAUACUCCUCAAGCUCUUGAAGAUAAAUAUGGUGGCUUUCUAAGUUCUGAAAUUGUGGAUGAUUUUUAUGAUUAUGCGGAUUUUUGCUUCAAAACUUUUGGCGAUAGAGUGAAGUAUUGGAUUACUAUAAAUGAACCAUGGUCUUUGGCAUCAUUUGCAUAUGAUUCAGGAGACCAUGCCCCUGGCCGAUGCUCGGAUUGGGUGAAUCGAGCAUGCUCUGGUGGUGACUCAGCCACUGAACCUUAUAUAGUUUCCCAUAAUUUACUCCUUGCCCAUGCAACGGCUGUUGAUUUAUAUAAGAAAAAGUAUCAGGAAUCACAAGGUGGUAAGAUUGGGAUAACACUAAACUCAAUGUGGUUUGAGCCAUACUCCAAUAGCGCAGUUGAUAAACAGGCAGCCAGAAGAGCCCUUGAUUUCAUGUUAGGCUGGUUUAUGGAUCCAAUAACUUAUGGUCAAUACCCAAGAAGUAUGCAAACUUUAGUUGGAAAUAGAUUGCCAAAAUUCAUGAGUAAUGAAUCUAGAUUGCUCAAAGGAUCAUAUGAUUUUAUUGGGUUAAACUACUACACUGCAACUUUUGCGAAAGGAAAUGCUAUCAUUGAUCCAAGUAGACCUAGAUAUUCAACUGAUCAUCAUGUUAUUCAAAUUGACACAGAGGUAACGUAUAGAAUAAAUUUGCAGGGUUACUCACAUUGGAUGUAUGUUUAUCCGAAAGGCAUUCGAUAUCUUUUGAACUAUAUCAAAGAUGAAUACAGAGAUCCAAUUAUUUAUGUUACCGAAAAUGGGGUUGAUGAGCCCAAUAAUAAAACGUUAACCCUGGAACAAGCCCUUAAGGAUCGUGUGAGGAAAGAAUAUUAUCAAACCCAUCUUUGGAAUGUACUCAGAUCUAUCAAUGAAUAUAAAGUUAAAGUCGAAGGCUACUUUGCUUGGUCAUAUUUAGAUAAUUUUGAAUGGAGUGAAGGUUACUCUUCAAGAUUUGGUUUGAUCUAUGUAGACUAUGAUGAUAACCUAAGAAGACAUCUCAAGGAAUCAGCGAUUUGGUUUGAGAAAUUCCUCAAAGGACUUUUUAUCCUUCCUCCUGUGGAACCAGAGAAUAAAACUUUCAAUCAUAAUUUAUUCCCGGUUAACUUUACUUUUGGGACAGCUACUUCUGCUUAUCAGAUCGAAGGUGAAGCAAACACAAAAUGCAGAGGACCUUCAACAUGGGACACAUUCACUCGUGAUUUUCCAGAGAAAAUAGAAGAUGGUAAGAAUGGAGAUGUAGCAAUUGAUUUUUAUAAUUUCUACAAGGAAGAUAUUCAAAGAAUGAAAGAAAUGGGAUUUGGAGCUUUCAGAUUCUCAAUUUCAUGGUCACGAGUGAUACCUAGUGGCAGAGUACGUGAAGGAGUGAAUGAGCAAGGAAUUGAAUUUUACAAAAAUCUUAUAGAUGAAAUUAUAAAAAAAGAAAUGGUGCCUUACGUAACUAUUUUUCAUUGGGAUACUCCUCAAGCUCUAGAAGAUAAGUAUGGCGGCUUUUUAAAUUCUGAAAUUGUAGAUGACUUUCGUGAUUUUGCAAAUCUUUGCUUCGAAAGUUUUGGUGAAAAAGUAAAGUAUUGGAUUACUAUAAAUGAACCAUGGUCUCUGGCGUCAUUUGGCUAUGAUUUAGGCGUCCAUGCCCCUGGCCGAUGUUCAGAAUGGGUGAAUCGAGCAUGUUCUGAAGGAAAUUCAGGAACUGAACCUUAUAUAGUUUCCCAUAAUCUACUCCGUGCUCAUGCAGCUGCUGUUGAUUUAUAUAGAAGAAAAUACAAGGCAACACAAAAUGGCAUGAUUGGGAUGGCACUGAAUUCUAUGUGGUUUGAGCCAUACUCUAAUAGCAUAGAUGACAAAGAAGCAGCCAAAACAGCUCUUGAUUUCAUGUUUGGCUGGUUUAUGGAUCCUAUAACCUAUGGUCAAUAUCCAAGAAGCAUGCGAAUUUUGGUGGGAGAUAGAUUGCCAAAAUUCAAGUCCAAAGAAUCUAAAUUGCUCAAAGGAUCAUAUGAUUUUCUUGGGUUAAACUACUAUGCUGCAAACUAUGCAAAAGGAAAUGCUGUUGUUGAUCCACAUAAACCUACAUAUUCAACCGAUCACCAUGUUCAUCAAACUCAUUUGGGCCAAAAUGGUGAACCUAUUGGCGAAAAGGCUUACUCACCCUGGUUUUAUAUCUAUCCGAAAGGUCUUCGAUAUCUUUUGAAUUACACCAAAGAUACAUACAAAAAUCCAACUAUUUAUAUUACUGAGAAUGGGGUUGAUGAACACUAUAAGCAAGGGCUUGACGAUCAUUUGAGGAAAAAAUAUUAUCAAGACCAUCUUAAGAAUGUACUUCGAUCCAUCAAGGAGUAUAAUGUUAGUGUGAAAGGUUACUUUGCUUGGUCAUAUGCAGACAACUUUGAAUGGAAUAUUGGUUAUAGGUCUAGAUUCGGUUUGGUCCACGUAGAUUACGAAAAUAACCGAGCAAGAGACGUCAAGCAAUCAGCUAAUUGGUUCAUGGAAUUCCUGAAAAACAAGACCUCAGGCAAUCAGCAAAUUUAGGAUGAUGGUUUAUCUCAUUUAUUUAGGGAUUAAAGAUGGCAUCGUCAGUUAAAAUGAAACCAUCUGGAGUUUUUCAAUUGUCAUGGCAAAGACAUGUAGCUGUCUAAAUAAACAUUACUAUGUCUGUAUGAUGUGGUUAAUUGUUAUGCUUUUUUUAGAAUGAAUAAAUGGAAUUUCAUC